AUGUAUGUCCAGUUCCUUAACGCGGUCAGCCAGGAGCUGCAGCUGGGCACACUGUACACAGAAAAACUGGAUCUGCAGCAUUUUAUAUCUGUAGAAGAUGACAACAGCAGAGAUAAAGGCCACCAAGCAGUUAGCUUCCGACUGCAUCUAAACAACGGGGAGGUGAAACUGAAGGCUGAAAACAUUGAAACUAGAGAAGAAUGGAAAGGUUAUAUUUGUGUGGUCACUCAGCUGGAGGUUCCCAGUACUUUGUCACUACUGCCUGGGCAGAUCCUACGUCUGAAAGAAGUGGCUGCACGAGAGAAAGAACGUCAGUCUACUGCACCAAGGAGACAAGAAUCACAAUGCUUUUUGGUAGAGAAACCUGAUCCAGAGGUGUAUGAUGAUUUAUUGAACACAAUGCCAGAGUGCUUCUAUAAAGUGUCUCGCAAUGAAGCUGAAGCUAUGCUGGAAAGGCACCCUGAAAAUGGCAGCCUGAUAAUAAGACCUUCCACUGAGAAUUCAAACUACUCUGUCACUACUAUGAUCACACAAAACAGUAAAGGAGUCAUAAAACACUACAAGGUGACAAGUGAGGAUAGUGGAUUUGUCAUCGGGCUGGAAAAUCCAGUCACAUACUCCACCCUUCAGGAAGUUGUUGAUCAUUUUAUAAAAGUGACCAAUGGAGUUUUGAAACCAUACUUAGAUCCUAAAGAGUAUGCCAACAAAAUUGAGAUGUCCAAAGAUCAACACAAAAGGGUACAAAUGAAGCUGUUGCCAAUGUCAAGAGUAGCUCCAAUUCAGCGUCUCUCAAUAUCACCAUCUGAAUACCCAGGCACACCAGGAAUGAUGCAAAAGCCAUGCAAUUCUCAACAAAAGCUGCCUUUAAAGCAACAACUGUUAAAACCAGCAGGGGACAGUAGCAGAGGCCUAGCCAAAGAAGAAUCUGAACCAAACUAUAUGAAUAAUGAAAUUCUCGUAAAAUUGAACCAGAUAAACCUGGCUGAUGACAGACCACCCAAUUAUACUGCUCCAAAACCAUGGCGUCUAAAGCAUUUUACCACAGGUGAAGAUGAAACAAGUGAACUUAUGACAAAGCUCAUGAAGAGACGGGAAAGACUGGCAGAUGAUUAGUAAAUACCAUGCACACUUCAAAGAAUAUUGUUCCAACAAGCACUUGUCUUAUUAACUUAAUGAAUGUAAGCAUGUCUGCAUUGUAUUUAAGUCAAACCACUGAACUUUUACCACAAAAAACUUCAAAGUGAGAGAAAUAAUCAAAUAAAGUAAUUGAGAGUGUUCUAGGUUUUACCAAAUUGCUUUUGUUCUGAAUCUGAUCCUGAUGCUAGACUAGUGAAGUUAUCACAGAACAGUUUAAUGCGACAGUUAGUUUUGUUUUGGGUUGUCUCUUUUUAUAACUUUGAGAGAUUUCCUUCAUCAUUCUGUGUUAUAUUCAAAAAUAGUCCAAAAGCUUAACAAAUUAAAGGACAUUUGUGAUUGAGGUUUUAAAAUUAUGUGCAAAAGCUUCCAAAUCGCUGAAAUUUGGAGUAGCUGUUAACCGCCACAGUAGGAAUGGAAUUGGAAAAGGAA